CAUACCGAUUCUAACUCUCAACAAGCGUCGAGUAGUACGCAUAAUCGGCCUUUCGUGGCAAAGAGAAGGUCUAAGGCAACGUUGGAUUUUAUUCUCAAUGAUCCGGAAGAGAGUGAAUACAAGAAGUCGAGGGUUUAG